CCAGAGCUUGUUCAGCCAGGUGAUCGCGAGUGGGUUACCCUUAUAAAAGGCAUCUGCGCGAAGGGCUGGUCUAUCCCACCCUUCAUUAUCUUCUCUGGCAAGCACCACCUCUCUGCCUGUUACAAGGAGCCUAGUAUACCUGACAACUGGGUUCUUAAUGUCUCUGACAAUGGCUGGACCAACAACAAGCUUGGAGUCAAGUGGUUGAAGCACUUUGAUGAGCACACAAAGGCGCGCACUGUUGGCAGCUAUUGGCUGCUCAUUCUGGACGGCCACGAGAGCUACAACUCAGUCGAAUUCCACCAGUACUGCGAGGAACACAGGAUUAUUACCCUGUGUAUGCCUCCACACUUGUCGCACCUACUACAGCCACUUGACGUAGGCUGUUUUUCUCUGUUAAAGAAGGCCUAUGGCCGCCAAGCUGAGCGGCUAAUGCGCAGCAAGAUUACGCGUAUCACUAAACUUGAGUUCUUGCCGUGCUUCAAAGCAGCUUUUGACGCCUCAAUUACAGAGAGUAACAUCUAG